AUGAAUUAAUUAGUAGAGAGCCAAAAUAUUUUGAAUGAAUAGUAGAUAUUACAGAGUGAAUAAAAUAAAGAUGUUUUUAAAUAAAAACCUCUUCUAAAACCAUAAUCACCUUCUAAUAAAGAAAAUAGAUAAGAACAAUAUUGUAUGUAAAAGUAAUAGUUGACCUAAAAAUCUGGUUAAGAUAAUUCAAGAACAUUGAAAAAUGAAAAUGUUGAGUUAAAGAAUUUAAUCAAUGUAAAUAAAUAAUUAGUGAAUUUUGGUCUCGUUUUACCUGGAAACAUCUGUGAAGAUGAUAUUUAAUUCCAAAACAUCUCAAAUGAAACAAUUCUUAUCGAAAUUUAAGUUGUUUGCAAUAACACAGAAUUUGAUGAUUUAGAUGAAUAUGUCUAUUCUGCUAGAAAGCUUAAUGGAUAUGAUUAUAAAGAUCGAUUUAUGCUUGCUUGUCCAGGAUAAAAACAAUUCUCUAUGAAAGUAGCUUUGAAAGUGCCAAAUAUAAAAGAUUAAAAAGGAUUAUUUGGAUUAAUAAUAAUAACAGCUUUAAACUAAAAUCAAUAAAAGAUCCAAGGUUAAAUUAACACUAUUCUGCAAAGUUAAGUACUACUACCAUUAAUUUAAUGUUCUAAACAACUGAUAAAUAAUCUAUAUAACCUACCAAUAAUAUAAAUGGCCUUUAAAUUAGGUAAGAAAUUGGAUUGUAAGAUUUAAUUUAGAAAUAACAGUAUAAUUGGCUUGUCUUUGGAAAUGGAAAUUCUAGAUAAAAUUAAUUGUGAAAUAAUUGUUAAUCCUUAAGCUAUAUCAGUUCAAAGUAAUUCUUAAUUUUUAGUUACAAUGAAUGUAAAAAAUAAAGAAGUAUAACAAAUAAAAAAUGUGCUAAUAAUUAAAAUAAAGAAUUCAAAUGUUCACUUUAGUUACCCAUUCAUUAUUUAAGUUUAUUGA